CCUUCAGAUAGCUUCCUGCCCUUCCCUAUCUUAACCUUACUUAGCCUCUGCCAUUCCCUAUCCAUUUCGUGCCAUAUGGUUCCAGUGCUCAGCUUUGCAGGUGAUGAUUAAUUGAUGAGCCAUCUCCUACGUCUGCCUUGGCAUUCGUGCGUCGACGAUUUUAUUUUGAUCUCAUGAUGAUGGCGGACCACUUUGCGGUGAUGGCCGGGCGGCUGCUCACGGCGUCGACGGUUCAAUCCGCCAUCAACGAGGCCUCCACCACACCUUCUUCUUCUUCUUCUUCUUCUUCUUCUUCUCCGGCGACUUUCACGGCGUCUAUGUGUGAUGAGGAGACCGUGGAACAAGGUGUGAGGCCAAGGAGUGGCGUCUUGGUGGAAUGCAGGAUCUGCCAAGAGGAGGGUGAUGAAACCAGCAUGGAGGCCCCUUGCUCCUGCAAGGGCAGCUUGAAGUAUGCUCAUCGGAAAUGCGUUCAGAGGUGGUGUGAUGAGAAGGGGGACACCAUAUGUGAGAUAUGCUUGCAGCAAUUCACACCAAACUACACGGUUCCUUCGAAGCUGUUCCAUCAUGGAAGAAACUCGAUUUUCUUCAGAACACCAGGAUACAUCCAAGCAGAGGCAUCCACGAGCUACGAAUAUGAUCACCAAAGCUCCUCCAUCAAAAAAGGUGUCAUAUGUUGUCGCAUAAUCGCUAUAACUCUGAUGCUUCUCCUGGUGCUCCAUGACGCCAUCUCAGUUUUUCUCGGCGAUCACGAAGCCUACACCGUCGCGCUCAUCACGCUGCUGAUGCUUAGGACGGCUGGAAUUGUGAUACCGGUGUACAUCAUCUUGGUCUCGGUGACCGAACUGCUUCACCGGCGGAACCAAAUGCAGGUUGUGCGUGGUGAGAUCUCAGAACCUGUUGGAGGAGCUGGGAGCAGACAGCCGCCGGUGCCGACUCCAACUCCGCCGCCGCCGGCGCAGCAGCAGCUCGUUGUCAUCCGCAUCCAGUAGAUACUGAUCAACGAGGCUUGGAGGGAUCAUCCUUAUUUCUAGUUCCCCCACGUCUUGGUUUAUACCUUUGCACCGCAGAAAGUUCAUUUUAUGAUCAGCAAUUAAAACAGCCUCUGCAUGAUGUUUUGAGCUUCAGAGGUGAUGUCACAUGCAUAUUUCCAAACAUACGGAAGAUGAUGCGGUCUGUUGUUACGGUGUUAUCUAAUCUUCGGAACCUUUCGUACAUAGAAAAAUGACGUGCAAAUGUACAUUCAUAGACACUAGAUUCAGAAGCAAUGAACAUGGAGUGAGCAUCCUGUACAUAACGGAUCAAUAUUUGUGAAAUUUAUAUUUGAUGCAAAGAAAAAUGCAUCCAUCACCAGCAAUUCGAAAAUCCUGAAUGCAAAGUACAUUUAGCCUUUUGGCUCACUGUAUUUGGGACACAUAGAUAUAGAACAUUUGGUUAUGCACUGAAUUCAAAAUUUCAC